UCCUGAGGGGACGGCCCCGCUCGGCGCCAUCUCCGCCCCCGCCGCUCUCUGCUCCGCCCCGGCCGAGGGGGCCCGGGCCUCAGCUACCGGGGUUGCAGCCGUUUCCAUUCACCCGUGGAUGUUUACCCCACGAUCGACGUUUUCCUUCCUCCUCACGGGCAAACAGGGAUUUGGGGUCUGUGGUGUUGAGUGAAGGUUGAAAAGAUGGGAAAUGCAGAAAGCAGUGUCUAUCAAAAUCACCUUUCCAGAUUUCUUCCUGAGGAGCAGUCUGACAUUGAUGGACUCUUUGAUACCUUAUCAGGGUCGAGUGGCUCAUCUGGAACAAAAAAUGGCAAAGCUACAAAGAAAACUGUGACUCUGGCAGCACUACAGGCAUUUACACGGGAGCCACUGCCACAGCAAAUGUGUCUUCGGUUAUACAAUGGGAUGAGAAGUAUUGACCUGCCUGGGAAACCAUCUGGGCUGUGUGAGCAGAUUGUUAAGGAGCAGUUUGUAAUUUUUAUGUCAAACCUCUUAAAAGGGAAUGCAGAUGAGAAGAUUACCAUAAUCAUGAGAAUGAUCUCCAAGACAAAAGGACCCGUGAAGGGCAAGCAAAUCCAAGAGUUCACAGAGGAUCUGAUCACAUCUGUAGUCCACGUGCUGAAUUACAGGAAGGAACUGAAAGGUUGGAGUUUGGAGAAUACUAGGGAUUCUACAAGUGGAGUAAAGGCUCUGGCUACUCAGCUGCUAUCAGAAUUAAAGUUUGCAGAUGGGACAAAACCUGUGGGUCCUCAGCUGAUGGAGACAGAUUUUGAUCAAAGUGUCAUUCAGGACUGGGUGUACCGAGUUCCACAGAUCUCAGUUUUCCUCAGUGUUGUUGUCAGGCAAGGCCUCCAUGUUCUGCACUCCCUCCUGGACCAAACCAAAGACACAGUCAACCUGGUCCCAGGCUGCAAAGGCAUCAAAGGAAGAGGACUUGCAAGUCUCUUUGACCUCCCAUCCAUCAUGUACAUCAACUCCCACCUGCCUGCAGAGCUGCAGCACAAGUGGCACCUUCUGUUUUCUUCUAGAUUUCAUGGAGAGAGCUUUUCACAGUUAUGUGCACAUGUAGUCAACAGAGGUCCUUGCCUUGUGAUCUUAAAGGACUCAGAUGGUUAUAUCUUUGGUGGGUUUGCAUCUCACUCCUGGGAAGUGAAGCCACAGUUUCAAGGUGACAACAGAUGCUUUCUGUUUUCCAUUUUCCCCUCUCUUGCUGUGUACACAUACACAGGGUAUAAUGAUCACUACAUGUAUUUGAACCAUGGCCAGCAAACAAUGCCCAAUGGACUUGGGAUGGGAGGACAGCAUGAAUACUUUGGGCUCUGGAUAGACAGUGACUAUGGGAAGGGACACAGCAAAGCCAAACCUCGCUGCACCACCUACAACAGCCCCCAGCUGUCAGCAAAGGAGGAAUUCACACUGGAUGCCAUGGAAGUCUGGGCAGUGGGAGACCUCCCUGAACGUGUUGGGACAAAAGGUAAGAAGAGUAUCCUGGAUGUGGAUCCUGAGGCUCAGGCCCUGCUAGAAAUGACAGGAAAAUGUCGGCAGAGCGAAGGGCUACGGGAGCCUGCUGGAGAGGAUGAGGAUGAUGAGAACUACUAAAAGAAUCACAAAAAGGAUCACAAAACCCCCUCAUUUUUCUCUUUCUCCUGGGUGUUAAAUGUUCCUUCUUCCUCAUUUGUUUUUUCCUUACAUUGACCUAAUUGUAUGGGACAGAGCUGAUGUAUUUAUGUAACAUUUAGGUCCAAUACAAUACCCUGCCUGAAGGGAUUUUUUUUUUGAGGAGGAGGACAGGAAAAAAAUGACUAGGUAAUUAAUUAUUAGACAUCUCUAAGUUCUAUCAGAGUAUGAAUUUUCUAGCAUUCCUGUUAGAUUAUCUCUGCAUACACAAUUAAAACCAAAAGAAGUCGUUAUGACAGUAUGGCUUACUGAAUUGGAGAAUUUAUAUGUAUUUAUACAAAGAAUGUUCAAGGCACUGAUUAAAGCUCUUUUACCUCAGCUGCACAUAUUUGCAUGCAAUGAAAUCAGUCAGUGAAGCUUGCAAAAUGUAAUGACAUUUUAUAUUGGUAAGUUUAGAAUAGUCCCCAUGAUUCCAUUUGAAAGAUGCUAUUAAUUUGCAUUGCUCCCCUUAAAGCAUUAAAUUUUCAUGCUUUCUAAGUCACAUUUUCAGCAAGUUUCUCUGUGAGCUGUAAGAUGUCCAGAAUGCUACCUCUACAGCACCCAGUUUCAUAAUAUUACACUACACCUUAAAAUACUUCAGAUAUUUCUGUGCAAGUUUGCCUUCAGAGGCAGAAUUUCCUUUUUAAACUCAGCCACUGGGAGGCAUCCAGCCAAACUUAUCCUAAAAAUGUGCCAUACCUCCAGCAGAAAUUCUCUAGGGGAGGUCCCUUCUUUAGUAGGCUCACUGGAGUAAAAGAUCAGGCUGUAAAAAGGAUUAAGAAAGAAGCAUCCACAGUUAAUUGGGAAUAAAAAUAAAUCUAGGUGAUGUCUGUAACGUGUUUAAAGAGGAUUGCUGUACAGUAAACUUUGAUCCCUCACUAUUCAUCACUACUGCAUUAUGGAAAAGGAUGCCCACAAUGUGAAGUGUCAUGAGUAGGCUGGGGGUUUUGCUCUGUCUUAGUGGCUGUUUACCAGUUUCAUCAAAAACCUCUUCUACUCAGGGCUUUUUCUACUUGAAUCUGUUCACAUCUAUCAGUAAUUAUUAGUCUGACCUUGCUAAUUGCAUGUGUAAUUAACUUGUGAAAAAUAACCCUUGUGUCUACCAGGGGCUGUCAUUUCUAACUCUGCAAAUUGUGUUUGGUUAUUACUAUGUAGGAGCCAUCACUCUUUUUCCUCCUGGGGAAAAGGGCUCCAUCAAAUCCUUUCUCCUAGUAUGAGUUUGUUUUCCAUGCAGCUUAAAGAAAGAAAAAAGUGCUGUAACAUUCUAUAAAAUUGCUUUAUGUGCCCUUCCUUCAAAUCCUUUCCCUUAGUGUUUCCUUGUAUGUGAUCUUUUUUCAUUUUUCCCCCAUCUGAUGUUAUUCAGAAUAUUCCAAACUGGCUCCCUAUGAAAAAUCUGCCCUUGUGCCUUAGUGUAGAGCUGAUUUAAAAAAAAAAUAAAUUAUAUUAAACAAUAUGAAUUUAACCUUGAGAGGAGAGCAUGAAGAAAUCACUCCAGCCAGGCAUCCUGGAACCAUGCUGUGCACUUUGUAUGCUCCCUGAACUAAUGAUGGGGGCAUAUGUGCUGUCUGUUCAGCCCAGAGUAUGCUCUGAAGGUCCUCAGCUCCUCUCCUUUUACCUUGUAUUUGCUUAAAGCAGACAUUCUCCCAAGUUUGUAACACACAGAAAAAAACUAUAAGCAUUAAAAGAUUUACAC